AUGAUGGUGGUUCUAAUCAUCGCCAUCAUGAACUGGCCACCAUGGGUCGUCGAGAGUCCGACUGCAAGAGUUCAGGUCAUGUCUGUCCUCUUCGCUGCGGGGCUCUUCAUCGUUGCUGUGGAAGAUGUCGUUGGCAUCAACAAAUCGGCGAUGAUGAUGGUCUUGGCUGCAGUGAUGUGGACGUUCUUGGCCGUCGGCUACCACCCCAACAACUCCAAGGCGGGGUACAUGCAGCUCCAUGAGGAGCUCAACCGUGGCCUCGAGGAAGUGGGCAGUGUGCUCUUGUUCCUGCUGCCUGCAAUGGGUGUCGUGGAGUCCAUUGACCACUUCGAUGGUUUCGCUUUGGCCAAUAUGGCCAUCCGGCGUGCCAUUGAAGGGAGGAAGGACCGACUGAUGCCGAUCAUUUGCAUCCUGACUUUCUUUCUUAGCUCGGUGAUCGACAACCUCACAUCGACCAUCGUUGCCGUGAAAAUUCUGCGGCGGCUGGCCUCCGAAGAUGAGGAAUAUCGUCGCCUGUGCGGCGGCUUGGCUGUCAUUGCAGCCAAUGCUGGAGGAGCAUGGUCGCCGAUCGGCGACGUGACCACCACCAUGCUUUGGAUUCAGGAGAAGAUUUCAGCCACGAAUACCGUGCUGUGGCUGUUUCUUCCGUCAUUGGCCGCAGGCGUGCUGCCGCUGUUUGGUCUGAGGUGCCAGGCGCGUCGCCUUAUGGCGGAACCGUCGCCAACAGAUCAUCGCGUCAAGGACCGCAAAAAAGGUCCAGGCUGGGAGCAGGAGCCUCUGAAAGAAUCCGGUCUGGACGAGGAGGACUCAGACCCAAUCACUAGACAGAAGGUCAUCGCCUUGAUCUUCGGCGUUCUAUGCAUCCUUAUGGUACCGAGCCUGAAGAUGAUCUGUGGCUUGCCACCGUACCUGGGGAUGCUUCUGGCUUUGGGUCUCAUGUGGCUUCUGACGGACGUGUUGCACUUCCAGGGCCACGUUGCAGGUGGGGAGUCUCCAGGCGAAGACAACCAUGGCGGGCCACCACAGCUCGGAGUCGUCAGUGCACUUCGCAAGGUCGAUCUCACCGGGCUUCUCUUCUUUACGGGUGUGCUCCUAGCCAUUGGCGCCUCCUGGCUGCACUGCACGGGGGAGAGCCCUGCCCUUGUUUCCGAAGUGGACGACCAAACGUCAGACAUUGACACAGCCCGCGAUUGCAGCCUUAUCAGCGAUCCAGCUGACUCUGUGGCUGCCGGUCCUGUCUACGGUGACUUCGGUGCAGGACCGACAGGAUGCGGCUACGACGCCGGAGGACAUCCCGAAAGCUGUCAUGCUAAGUACACGCUGCUGGAACGUGAGAGCGGUCAUGGCGCCGGUGACAGACGAGUUGGCGUUGUGAAGAACUGGAACCACGACAGGGGUUUUGGCUUCCUUCGCACGGAGGGGCAGGAGAAGGACACGUUCUUUCCCCGAAGAGAGCUGCCACCUGAAUUUCAAGGUGAGACUGCGUUGAACGGUAUCACCUUUGCUUACGACGUUACUGCAGCAGCAGAUGGCCGCCCACAGGCCAAGAAUCUGCAGUUUGUGGGCGGUGCAGCCCAGACCAUUCCCACCCCUUCGGCGGGCCGCGGGAUAGAAGGCUUUGGAACGCGAUGCAUGGGUCAAGUGAAGAGCUUCUCUGGCAAAGGUGGAUAUGGCUUCAUCAGCAUCAACACCGGAGCUGACAUCUUCUUCGCCAAGCGAGACCUGCCGGUGGGCAUGCAGGAGGCCAACUUGAUCGGAGUCCAGUUUGAGUUCGACAUUGGCUCCAGCAAUGACGGGCGCAGUCAGGCCAAGAACUUGGUUUGUGUUGACCCGGGCUCGGCCAACUUCGGCGCGGUCGGGCCGUCCGGCAAGGGCAAUGGCAAGGGUGAGCCGACUGAAGGUUCGCGCCUUCAGGGCCAGAUCAAGGAGGUGAGCCAGGAUGGAGGCUCGAUCGUCUGUGGCGUGAUGGCCGAGGAGGUGCCGUUCACACCGACGGACCUUCCAGCGAACCUACAGAGACAGGUGCUGUCGGGUGACACGACGCGCUUGCAGAGGGCGACGGUGCUGUUUACGCUGGCUGUGGGUGGUGGGCGAGCCUUCGCAAAAGAGGUCAUGCUGAUCCCAGAGCCGGAUGAGCUCAUUGUGGGUGAAGUGGUUCAGUUCAACACAAGCGCAGGGUAUGGUUUCAUCAAGCCCGCCCUGGACUCUGUCUUCCAGCAAGACGUCUACUUCAACAUCAAGGACUUAUCCCGGGCACUGUCGGAUGAGGAACGAGGAGGCCUGAAUGGGCAGACCUGCCGUUUUAACCUGCGCCUGACGCCGGACAACAGGCCUCAAGCUCGCCGUGUUGAGAUGGUGGGUGCCGCCUUCGGAGGCACUCGCUUCAGCUACGACGCGCCUCAGGUGCCUGCGGCCCCAGCUGGCUUUGCUGCAGGCAAUGUGGCCGCGGGCGUGCCAAGAACACGUUUCAGCUACGAGGCACCAAGCGCAGCGACAACAGCCUCCGGUUUUCAGUCAGGCGCGCCAGAGCCCACCUUCGAGGCCACCUCCAGGUUCAGCGCCACUCCGCCAGGUGACAUGAAGCGUGCAGCCGAGGGCAAUGACGAGGCUUUGGGGAGCGAUGCAAUCUUCUGUUCCCGUCAGAUGGCAAGCCUACAUUGGGGUGUUACAGAGAUGAAGCGAUUUGGAGCAAGAGCCUCCCAGCAAGCGACAGGCACGGAACAGCGGGAAACAUACUGUUUCUUUUUUGUGUGGGAGGAGCAAGAGGCGUUAGUGCACAAUGGGUUUGCUGUCGUUUCCAACGGGCCGGUGUGGAUGAGGAAUCGGUACGCGGAGAUGAUCAAUGAGCUCUGCAAGCACAGUGCCGUGCGGCUGUCCAUUCUUCUUGGACUCUCUUCUGCGGUGGUGGACAAUGUUCCGUUGGUCGAGGCGUCGAUCGACAUGUUCCGCGAGACGAAGACGGAUGACCCGCUCUGGCAGCUAGUGGCCUUGGCAGCGGGCACUGGUGGGUCCGUGUUGUCCAUUGGCAGCAUUGCGGGCGUCACUCUCAUGAGCAUGGAGCACGUCGGCUUCAUCUGGUACUUCCGAAAGGUGGGUGUUUGGGCUGCACUCGGAUUUUUCGCCGGCAUCGGCGUGUAUCAGCUGGAGCGCCUGAUCAUCACCGGUGGCUCGUGA